CCACCAGCCCUUGUCACCCAAUGGCUUGUCAAAACGGUGGUAAAUGCGUGGAGAACUUAAUAAAAUGGUCAUACAAGUGUAUUUGUACAGAGAAAUAUACAGGAAAUCAUUGUGAAGAUGAUGUAGACGAGUGUUUCAACAUUCCCUGUCAGAACGGUGGGAAAUGUAUCAACAGAAAUGGCGAUUAUCGAUGUGAUUGUAACCAUGGAAACAGUGGCAAGAACUGUCAUUUAGAUUGCAAGGUCAACAAAGUUGAUCUGGGGAUUCUAAUUGAUGGCUCUGCUAGCGUGCAGUUCUACGGAAAGGACAACUUUCAGAUUAUUAAAGAUUCUAUAAAAACCUUUAUACGAACAUUCAAUGUGUCAAGUGGUUUAACACGUGUUGGAGUUAUCGUUUUCUCCACAAAUGCCACAGCAGUGUUUAAACUGGACAGUUACACAACUCAGUCAGACGUUGAACAGGCGAUUGAUAACAUAACGUAUCCUGCUGGCGGCACAUAUACUGGAAAAGCCUUAACAAAGGCUGCAGAAGAUUUGUUUGGCCCAAACUCGGUACGAUCAAGCAAUGUUUCCAAAAUCCUGGUCGUAGUUACAGAUGGUGUUUCCACGGAUGACGUCACUCAGCCAGCCGCGCUACUCAAGAACAUUAACGUGGUCCCUUAUGUUGUUGGAAUUGGUUCAAACUAUGAUGUUUCCCAGCUCGAGCAGAUAGCUGUUAAUGCCACGAAUCGGGUUUUCAAAACUGAAUUUAACUCACUUUCGGAAACUUUUAUCAGACUUAGAGGAAAGAUCUGUCAGGAUUUGGAUAAAUGUGCGGAUAAUCCCUGUAGGUUUGGUGGUGUUUGCCAAAAUAAUGGUUUGAAUUGUACGUGCGCGCAAGGUUUCCAAGGAGCAGAAUGUUCUGAAGAUGUAAAAGAAUGCUCAAACGUAAGUUCCAACUGCACUUUUGGAAAACGUUGCACUGAGACCUUUGGUGGGUUUGAAUGUACAUGCGCUAAUAGUUCUCUGUACGGUGAGAAUUGCACCAGAGAUUGCAGCAACAAUGGCUCCACAGUACUGUUUCUUUUGGACAGAGGAAAAAAUGUAGGACAAGACAACAUAAAGCAUCAAAUCGAGUUAAUCAUCUCGGUGGCAUCUUCCAUUUCUAUCGUAGACGUUGCAGUCAUUUCCUAUGCAACUGAUGCUGAUAUUGUCAUCAGACCUGGGCAAGCAUCGAACUUAACCGAAUUUUCUGAAACUUUACGCAGCGCGAAUUAUUCCAUGGGUUACAUGAAGAACUUGGGUGUAGCAUUACAGAAAGCUCAAGUGAUUGAAGAAAUUUAUAACCACUCAAAACCAGCAGUCGUAGUUGUGAUGAUAAUGGGGAAAUCAAAUGAUGAUGAAGCGCCAUAUGCGGCAGAAUUGAAACAAAGAGGUGUUACUGUUGUAGCUGUACCCUUGGAUAACAAUUAUAAUCUAGCAGAGUUGAACUUGUUGGUGUCAAAGCCAUCUACGGACCACAUUUUGGCGACGGACGUUUCAAAUUUGAAGCAUUUCGUUAGUAGAACAAGAGACGCGGUUUGCAAAGCUUGGAAACCAUGCACCAGCUCAGACUGUCCGCCUACGCACGAAUGUAAAAAUAAUUAUGGACAAGAUGGAGGGUUUCGCUGUAUUCCGCCCCCCUCUGUGUGUGAGCCUAACCCUUGCAAGAAUGGAGGAAAAUGUCAAAUUGUCGGCUACAACGUGCACAAUUGCACUUGUCCAGCAGGGAUCGGAGGUGUGAACUGUACGGAAGAUAUCGUAAACGAAUGUGAUUCAGCACCCUGCAAAAACGGCGGGACUUGCCGGAAUCUCCUGGGGGCUUUUACAUGCAAUUGUACAGAGGAAUUUUCUGGAAAGCGGUGCGAAAUUGCUUGUUCAAGUCAACGAUUCAAUUUGGUCUUCUUGGUCGACGGAUCUGGUAGCAUAGAACUCCAAGGAAAGGGAAACUUUCAACGUUCCAAAGACUUUUUGAUUGCUCUCGUACGAGAAUUUGAAAUUGGUCCGGACCAAACCAACGUUGCCACUGUUCUGUAUUCGCAACACUAUCGCAUCAUCCAUCACUUAGAUACCUUUAAAACAUUGGUUGGAGUAGAGAACGCAAUUCAAGGCAUGGGUUUUCCAUCAGGUGGUACACGUACUGGGCAAGGUUUAAACGUGAUCCGCAACGAGAUAUUAAAAAAUUUAGGAGCUGCCAGAGAAGAUGUUCCUAAAAUUGUGGUUGUUUUGACUGAUGGAUUGUCUAAAGACAGUGUAGUUGGUCCAUCUCGUGCUCUCCGAGAUAUGGGAGUGACAAUUAUUACUGUCGGUGUUGGCUGCUGUUUUUACAAGCCUGAGCUAAACGAGAUGGCUACGGAUCCUGAUAAAGAUCACGUUUUUGAAGCUAAAUUUUCAGAUCUACCAAAAAUUGUGGAGUCUCUUCGUGAAAAGAUUUGUUCUGCUGUAGACGUUUGCAGAAAUAAUCCGUGUGAGAAUAACGGAACUUGUAGCAGCUUACGGGAUGGUUUUCAAUGUAAUUGUUCAUCAAGUUGGACAGGAAAGAAUUGCUCAAUUGAUGUCGAUGAGUGUUCUACCAAUGCGACAAAAUGCAAUGAAAACCAAGCUUGUCAUAACUAUCCUGGAGGAUCAAGUUGUCUUUGUAGUGACAGCCGAUAUGGUUAUAACUGUACCAUGCGUUGCAAUCAAACCAAGGCUGAUGUUGCUUUCCUCGUGGAUAGCUCUGCUAGCAUUAACCAGGGAGACAAAAAUAACUAUCAACGAAUCAAAGAUUUCAUCGCAGGAUUUGUCAAGUCUGUAGCUAUUGGACAGAACGACACCAGAAUUGGACUUGCCACCUUCUCCUCGCAAAACAGUUUUAGAGUUCAUUUCAAUUUUACUGAAUAUUCCGCCACGGAAGAGUUGGUCAAUGCUGUACAGAGCAUUCCUUAUGACGCAGGUGGCACUUAUAUGGGCGCCGCCUUGACUCGAAUAAGAACAGAUAUCUUCAGCAUGGCCAGAGAGGGAAUUCCCAAAAUUCUCAUCAUUUUAACAGACGGUAAAUCGCAAGACAAAGUGUCAGUUCCAUCGAAAAGUCUACGCGAUGAAGGUGUUCAUAUCAUCUCAAUUGGUGUUGGUAAUGCUGUGUACAGUGAGCUCGCAGAUAUGGCGUCUGAACCUGAUAAUGAGAAUAUCUACAAAGCAACGUUUGAUUCUCUUAGUAACAUUUUUGGAACUUUACAGGAAACUGUUUGCAAAGUUGUACAAAACAAUACAGACCCUUGUCUAAGCAAUCCAUGUCAGAAUGGAGGAAAAUGCGAACGUUUCACCAAUAAAUUUAAUUGUACAUGCUUAGCUGGUUUUACUGGAGACAAAUGCGAGACAGUUAAAAAACUCGACAAGUGUACUCCUUCGCCGUGCUUAAAUGGCGGACGAUGCGCAAACACUAAUCAGACCUUCCGCUGCUUCUGUGCACUUGGUUACUAUGGAAACCGCUGCGAGUCAGGCUGUGGAUUUAGGGAGCUGGGAUUGAAGAUACCCAAUACGCGUCGAAUCCCAGACAAACACGUGACUUCAUCUUCCCAGAGGAACACAGGUCACUCUGCUCAUCGCGGAAGGAUUGGUAUCGAAGUUAUGGGAACGUGGGAUGACGGGUGGUGCUCAUCGCAAACAGACACAACGCCUUACAUGCAAGUGUUCUUUGGUGCGUAUAUGUAUUUCAUCUCUUCAGAUCAGGAAAACUUCAAAGCUAACACAAGGAUUUCCGGGAAAAAUGUUUCUCUCCACGGAACAAGCGCUCAUUUUGUUCGAAUUCAUCCACUUAAUCACACUGGAUUGUUUGCAUGUUUGCGGGUAGCGAUGUACGGUUGUGACAAAGGAGGCGACUUCCAAGAAUUCCCAACCACUUUGGCGGAGAGGCUUGACAAUGCUGCUUUCGCCAAGGACCCACUGUUUGAUACGCAUUUAGCUGCUAUACCAAUUGCAGUGUUUGUGUUCCUCUUAUUGAGUUCGUUAUUUUUCCUUUUGCUUCCUCUUAGGACUCCUUCUCCGUCAGGGCCGUCAGUGAGAGAAAAUAUAAUUCGAUUCGAACAAGAACCACCUCAGCAUGGCGCUAUUCCGCUUGUCCCUACAUAUGAAGUUCAGUCCCUCAGCAUGGAACUCGGAGAAGAGCCUAUUUUGCAAGUGGAGGGUGUUAAUACCGCCUCGAACGACGCGAUUUUCUCCUACGACAACAAGUGUACUUUAGCACCAGGAAUUUUAUCUUUCCAUAUAUCUUUUGCACCACGGAAACGAAGCAGAUCGGUAUAUGUAACGGUCCUCAAUUUGCGCUUGGCGCUUGAUAUUACUUUAUAUGCGAUAAUUCACGUUUCUAAAAUACGGUUCUUCUGUGCCAUAGUUCUGGGUGAUUCUCAGUCCUGUUCGAACGAAGGCGCCAAAGUCUCAGACUAUUGCGGUGAUACAUGUUACUGCAUUGGUGGUCAAAUUCAAAACUGCUGCCGAGUGCGAAAGGAGUUUACUUCUAUGACGGAAGCCGAGCGGAUACUGUACGUCAACACCGUUUGGAAAGCUUCAACCGAUCUUCAAUUUCAAAAUGAGUACCAGAAACUUAUAUCCAUGCACCAAAGAUUGUUUCCAACAGGAAUUCAUCAAAAGGAUCAGUUUCUACCAUGGCAUCGUUGGUACAUUCUUCAAUAUGAAAACCUGUUGCGCCGAGUCGAUUGCCGAGUAACCGUGCCUUAUUGGGACUGGAGUAUUGUCUCCAUGACACCCUGGCACACAGACAAAACAAGAGUUUGGUAUAGCGGACCCUCUGGAUUGGGAGGCAAUGGCAUUACACCAUCACGCUGUGUUCAAGAUGGAGUCUUCGGUCAAGACUCAUGGACGAAGACAAACGGGGGUUGCAUCACCAGAGAUUUCAAUGGUUUUACACCUGACAUCAUUGCUGUCUACUUGACUCUGCUUCAUCCUCCCACCGUUGAUGGCUUCAACAUUUUCGAGAGGGAUCUUCGAAUUAACCUCCACGACACAGUUCACUGUAGGAUAGGCGGUGACAUGUGUCUUGUCACCUCAGCUGAAGCUCCCGAAUUCUUCCUUCAUCAUGGCUUUAUCGACAAGAUCUGGUCAGAUUGGCAAGAAAAAAGCAGAGAUCAUUUGACAGCCCACUUUCGUAAUAUAACGAACCCAAUGAUUGGAACAGGGUACCGACCUGGAGAUUUUCUCGACAACUCAAAUCUUCCCGAUGUUGAAAGGCCAGGAUGGCCAACCUGUGUUUUAUACGACGACCCCAAAAAUCCUGUCUACCGGCAGGUCAUGCAGCGUCUUCAAGGAAUGACACGCGAGCAAAUUCUUGAAAUCCCUCGGCACUCGUUUAAGCCUCUUACUGGUCGCCAAAUGAGGUUUUUCCAUAUCAGUCCACAGGAGCAAAACCAAGCCAGACAAGAUCUGCGAGAAUUGGAACCACGCCACCAGCUUAGGGGGGAGGCUGGACUUACCGGAAUGGACAGGAACAUUGGUUUCAAGAUGGAGUCUCUUUCUGCGACUUUUAGAAAGAAGCGUUCAGUUAUUAAAAAUAAGUAA